UUUUCCACCGUCAUCCGUCAACCAUUUCUUUUUAACCGAGCGGAACACGACGCGCGGUUUUUCGAAAGACCAUACAAAAAAUAUUAAUAAAUGGCACAAGUGUCGUGAUAGUCGAACUAUGCGGGAAAAUGCAAACUAACGAAACCAGAUCAGCGCGCGCAUUUUCAUGAUUUGGAGUAAAAUUGUGACCAAAAUGUGGUCAAAAAGUGUGCGAUAAUCCAUGUAAAAUAACCGUGUAAAUAUAUAAAACGUCUAAUUAAAAAAGAGUGUAAAUCGAAUAAAGUGCCAAACCAACAAAUGUGGCAACAAUUUGGCCAUUUCUGCGUGUAUGCUGUUGUUUGAGCCAGGGCCCAAAACAAUCGACAACAACAACAGCAACAACCACAGUGGAAAGAGAACUACACAAAAAAAAGAGAAAAAAAGAAAACGAAAAUAAAAUCUAAAAGAUUCACUUUAACGACCAAUAAACCGACCAGACGCGAUGUUCAAGUGCAUUCCAAUCUUCAAGGGCUGCAACCGGCAGGUGGAGUUCGUGGACAAGCGCCACUGCUCCCUGCCGCAAGUGCCCGAGGAGAUACUACGCUACUCACGUACCCUCGAGGAGCUCUUCCUGGACGCCAAUCACAUCAGGGAUUUGCCCAAGAAUUUCUUUCGAUUGCAUCGCCUGAGAAAGUUGGGGCUGAGUGACAAUGAAAUUGGACGCCUGCCGCCGGAUAUACAAAAUUUUGAAAAUCUUGUCGAGCUUGAUGUUUCACGCAAUGACAUACCCGACAUUCCCGAUGACAUCAAGCAUCUGCAGAGCCUCCAGGUGGCUGAUUUCAGCUCGAACCCGAUACCCAAGCUGCCAUCGGGCUUCACACAGCUGAAGAACCUUACGAUUCUGGGGCUCAACGACAUGUCGCUCACCACAUUGCCAGCGGACUUUGGCAGCCUCACACAGCUCGAGUCGCUGGAGCUGCGCGAGAAUCUGCUCAAGCAUCUGCCCGAGACAAUAAGCCAGCUGACGAAGCUGAAACGCCUCGAUUUGGGCGACAACGAAAUCGAAGAUCUGCCCCCGUAUCUGGGCUAUCUGCCGGGGCUGCACGAGCUCUGGCUGGAUCACAACCAACUGCAGCGACUGCCCCCAGAGCUGGGGCUGCUGACGAAACUAACGUACCUCGAUGUGUCCGAGAAUCGGCUGGAGGAGCUGCCCAACGAGAUCAGCGGACUGGUCAGCCUCACGGACCUCGAUCUGGCACAGAAUCUGCUCGAGACACUGCCCGACGGCAUUGCGAAACUGAGUCGUCUGACCAUCCUCAAACUGGACCAAAAUCGAUUGCAGCGAUUGAACGAUACCCUGGGGAACUGCGACAAUAUGCAGGAGCUUAUACUAACAGAGAACUUCCUGUCGGAGCUGCCGGCCUCCAUUGGCCGGAUGACGAAGUUGAGCAAUCUAAAUGUGGAUCGGAAUGCCCUGGAGUACCUGCCACUGGAGAUCGGGCAGUGCGCCAACUUGGGUGUCCUCAGUUUGCGCGACAACAAGCUGAAGAAGCUGCCCCCAGAGCUGGGCAACUGCACCGUGUUGCAUGUGCUGGAUGUGAGUGGGAACCAGCUGCUGUAUCUGCCCUACUCCCUGGUCAAUCUGCAGCUGAAGGCUGUGUGGCUCUCGGAGAACCAGUCGCAGCCGCUGCUCACCUUCCAGCCGGACACGGACGCGGAGACGGGCGAGCAGGUGCUCUCCUGCUACCUGUUGCCGCAGCAGGAGUACCAGCCCAUUACACCAGCACGCGAUCUGGAAUCAGAUUCGGAGCCGUUCGAGGAGCGAGAGCCAUCGCGCACGGUGGUCAAGUUCUCGGAGGAGGCCACCCAGGAGAAGGACACACCCUUCGUGCGCCAGAAUACGCCGCAUCCCAAGGAUCUCAAGGCCAAGGCGCAAAAGCUGAAAGUGGAGCGCAGUCGCCACGAGGAGAAUGCCAAUCUGGUGACGCUGCCGGAGGAGAACGGCACCAAAGUAGCGGAGACACCAACCGAGACGCGCACCCUGGCGAAUAAUCACCAACAGGCACCACCGCAGCCAGUGCAGCCACCCAUCGUUGGUGUAAAUUCCAAGCAGACCUCCUCCAACAACAGCAGCAUUCCAACAGGUGGUGCCCCUGCAGCACCUGCCGCAGACAACAACAGCAGCCACAGCAACACAAAGGCGGCACCAGCCGCAGCUGUGGUUGAGAUUGUGGCGGCAGCUGCAACUGUGGCUGCCUCCGAAGAUGUGCCCGACGAUGAAGAGCAGGAAGAUGAAUUCGAAUCCGAUCGCCGUGUGGGCUUUCAGGUGGAGGGCGAGGACGAUGACUUUUACAAACGUCCACCGAAACUACACAGAAGGGACACUCCCCAUCAUUUGAAGAACAAACGCGUUCAGCAUUUAACCGACAAGCAGGCCAACGAAAUACUGGCCAAUGCCUUGGCCACCCAGGAGCGCAACGAGACACCCACACCGCCGCACUCAUCGCUGGGCAAGGUGACAUCGCCCAUUGAGGAGGAGGAGACGGCCGAUGUGGAUUCCGAGGGACAAGAACAGUCACAGCAUCCGUUCGAUGUCUCACUAUCGCCCAUACCCAUACCCACAGGCAAGACAAAGGCACAGGCAGGGGACCAAGAUAACUUGGAUGGCGUCACUGAACUGCGCUUGGAGCAGUACGAAAUCCACAUUGAGCGCACGGCAGCGGGACUUGGCUUGAGCAUUGCCGGCGGCAAGGGAUCCACGCCGUUCAAGGGCGACGACGAUGGCAUCUUCAUAUCACGCGUCACCGAGCAGGGACCCGCUGACAUGGCGGGCCUCAAAGUCGGCGACAAAGUGCUCAAGGUCAAUGGGAUUGUGGUCGUCGAAGCGGACCACUAUCAGGCGGUGCAGGUGCUCAAGGCAUGCGGCGCCGUGCUCGUGCUGGUCGUGCAGCGUGAGGUUACGCGUCUGAUUGGACAUCCGGUGUUCAGCGAGGAUGGCAGCGUGUCACAGAUAUCUGUGGAGACGCGUCCCCUGGUGGCCACAGAGGUGCCACAGUUGCAGCAACAGCUGCAGCCACUGCAAGAGCGAUACAUUCCAGCGCCCAUUGAGAUUGUGCCCCAGCAGCAUCAGUAUCAACAGCAGCAGCAGCAAAUGGUGGCCCCGGCGCAUGGCUACUCUGCUAACGUGUUUGCCACACCUCCAGCUGUCCAAAGCAUCGUGCAGCCGGCUCCUGCUGCUGUUGCUGUGGCCCCCAAUGGCCUGCUACCGAACGGCAGGGAUGCUGCCCAGCUGAGCUUCAUCCAGCUGCACACGACGCUGAUACGCGAUCAGAUUGGCCAGGGACUGGGCUUCAGCAUUGCCGGGGGCAAGGGCUCGCCCCCGUUCAAGGACGAUUGCGAUGGCAUUUUCAUAUCACGCAUCACAGACGGCGGACUGGCUCAUCGCGAUGGUAAAAUCAUGGUGGGCGACCGGGUGAUGGCGAUUAACGGCAACGAUAUGACGGAGGCGCAUCACGAUGCGGCCGUGGCCUGCCUCACCGAACCGCAGCGCUUUGUGCGGCUCGUCCUGCAGCGCGAGUACCGCGGCCCCCUAGAGCCGCCGACAAGUCCGCGCAGUCCCGCCGUGCUCAACUCGUUGAGCCCAUCCGGCUAUCUGGCCAAUCGACCAGCCAACUUCCAGCGGUCUGUGGGCGAUGUCAGUUACGUUGAGCAGCCGUACAAGUACAACACAUUGGCCACCACCACCCCCACACUGGCAUCCGCCACUGUGGCACCUGUGGCAGCCAACAUCAACAACAACAACACGCUGCCAAGCAGCAAAACAAAUGGAUUUGGCGCUGCCACAGCUGCAUCGGCCGCCGGCCCAGCGAUAGUGUUGGACAAGACGACGGGUCAGCCGGUGCCCGCACCGAGGCGCACCAAUUCCGUGCCCCUGGGUGAUGGCGAAAGUGCGGCGCCCAAUGGUGCGGCCUCCACCGCCAGCGGGGACUCGGGCGAGGCGCAGGCCUCCUCGUUGCGACCGCUGACGAGCGAUGAUUUUCAGGCGAUGAUACCGGCACACUUCCUCAGCGGCGGCAGUCAGCAUCAGGUGCAUGUGGCACGGCCCAAUGAGGUGGGCGUCAGCGCUGUAACGGUGAAUGUGAACAAGCCGCAGCCCGAUCUGCCCAUGUUCCCGGCAGCGCCCACCGAACUGGGCAAAGUCACCGAGACCAUCACCAAGUCCACAUUCACGGAGACGGUGAUGACGCGCAUCACCGACAAUCAGCUGGCGGAGCCCCUGAUCAGUGAGGAUGUUGUGCUGCCCAAGAACCAGGGCUCGCUGGGCUUCAGCAUUAUCGGUGGCACGGAUCAUUCGUGUGUGCCGUUUGGCAAUCGUGAGCCUGGCAUCUUUAUAUCACAUAUUGUGCCUGGUGGCAUUGCCUCAAAGUGUGGCAAGCUGCGGAUGGGCGAUCGCAUACUGAAGGUGAACGAUGCGGAUGUGUCCAAGGCAACGCAUCAGGAUGCGGUGCUGGAGCUACUAAAGCCCGGCGAUGAUAUCAAACUGACCAUACAACACGAUCCACUGCCGCCUGGUUUCCAAGAAGUUCUACUGAGCAAGGCCGAGAACGAACGCUUGGGCAUGCACAUCAAGGGCGGACUUAAUGGACAGCGCGGUAAUCCCGGGGAUCCCUCCGACGAGGGUGUGUUCGUCUCCAAAAUUAACUCUGUCGGCGCCGCCAGACGCGACGGAAGGCUUAAGGUGGGCAUGCGGCUGCUGGAGGUGAACGGACACUCGCUGCUGGGUGCCUCGCAUCAGGAUGCGGUCAAUGUCUUGAGGAAUGCCGGCAACGAGAUCCAAUUGGUCGUCUGCAAGGGCUACGACAAAUCCAAUUUAAUUCAUUCCAUCGGCCAGGCGGGUGGCAUGAGCACCGGCUUCAACUCCUCUGCAUCCUACAGCGGUGGCAGUCGUCAAGGCUCGCGCGCCUCGGAAACGGGCUCGGAGCUCAGUCAAAGUCAGAGCGUUUCCAGUUUGGAUCACGAGGAGGAUGAGCGACUGCGACAGGACUUUGAUGUGUUUGCCACGCAGAAGGUGGAGUCCGUGGUGGAGCCGACGAGUCAGACGGGUCUGGCAGCCGCUGCUGCCUUGGUGCAUGGCGCCCCGUCGCCCACACCCACCACACCGACGCCACCAGUGGCAGUCGCUGAUUUGCCGCCGCCGUCGGACAGCACAGCCGCACAGACCGUGGCGCUCAUUCACGCAGAACAGGCCCACCACCAGCAGCAACAACAACAGCCGCAGACGCAGCUGGCGCCGUUGGGUCAGGAGAAGAGCACCCAGGAGAAGGUGCUGGAAAUUGUACGCGCCGCAGACGCCUUCACCGCCGUGCCACCGAAAUCCCCGUCCGAGCACCAUGAACAGGAUAAAAUACAAAAGACGACGACGGUUGUCAUAUCGAAGCAUACGCUCGACACGAAUCCAACCACACCGACAACGCCGUCAGCACUACUACCCCCAUUGGCUCCCCCGGAGUCGGUGACCGCAGUUGCCCCUCCCACUCCCGCUCCCGCGACAGUGCCCGCUGUGGCUGUGCAGACACAAACACCCACAGAGAAGUCGGAAGAGGAGCUGGUGCCACAGUCAACACCUGGCGGCCAGGAGGCAGACGCCACGCCCACACCCACACCGACACCCACUAAAGUGCCUAAAUCGGUAUCCGAUAAAAAACGCUUCUUCGAAUCAGCCAUGGAGGAUCAGCACAAGCCCACACAAAAGACAGAUAAAGUUUUCUCAUUCCUGUCAAAGGACGAAGUGGAAAAGUUGCGACAGGAGGAGGAGAAGAAAAUUGCAACAUUGCGCCGUGAUAAGAAAUCCAGAUUAUUGGAUGCAGCCAAUGACAACAUUGACAAGGACGCUGCCAGUCAUAGCGAUAAGCGCUAUGAUAAUGCCGGCAACAGCAACAGCAGCGGCGACGACGACUACAACGACGACAACGAUGAGGAUGUGGACGAUGAUGACGAUGACAAUAGCGACCAGGAGGCCAACGCACGCUUGGAUGACGUUGACAAUGCCGCACUGGGGCGCUUCGAUGAGGCGGAGGACAUGAGAACCGCACAAAGUCUGGCGCCGACAAUGCCGCACUCCCCCAGCAAAAUCAGCAAAAUCCCCAAGCAGCAGCAGAAGGAGAAACCAAAACCAAAAGCAAAGGCGAAGGCGAAGGCAGCUGCCACAGCAACUGAUCCGCCCAAGCCCUCGCUGCUGCCGAAGCCAAAGGUCAAAGUUGUCAUUCCGCCAGCACUGCAGCAGCGCCUCAAGCAGCAGCAGGAGCAACAGCACCAGCAACAGCACCAGCACCAGCAACAGCAGCAAUCCCAUUCCGAGGAACCCUCCAUACCCGAGGAGGUAUGGCGUCCUCAGGCGUCUGAGGAGGAGGAACAGGAGCUAGGGGCCACAUCUCCCACCAGCAGCAGCAGCAGCAGCCGCAUACCGGUGCGCACCCUGAAGGCUGAACGCCGCGCCCUGGCCGCGGCCGCUCGGCAGUCGGGCCUCAGUGUCGACGAGUACAUUAGGCGGCUGGAGGAGGAGCGGCUCCAGGGCGAGUCGCCAGCCACGCCAGCGUCACCCACAACGCCCACGGGCAAGAGCCGUUCCAUGAUUAACUCUGAGAAGCGUGCCUCCUGGAGGGCAGCUCGUCUACGGUCGCUCGAACAGGGUGCCGUCGAGGCGCAGGAUGUCAUCAAGAAUAUGCGCAAGGUGACCGAUGAUCUGAUCACGCACGAGUCGAGGGCCAGCGAGGCUCAGCCGAAAAUAGUAUUUCCAAAAAUUGCCAUAAAAUCAAGCGACGGUCCAGUCAUUGUACGCGAACGCGAGAAAAUACUCGAUGAGAAAAUUGUGCGCCGCACUGAGGAGGUUGCCUGUCCCAUCACGGGGCGACCUCAACUGCGCACCGUCGAGUACAUUGAGAAAAUCAUCGAAACGGAGGUGGAGACCUGCAAGGAGCGGAUCAUAUCACUGGAGCUGCAGGUGCCCGAAUCGGAGGAUGGCACUCUCGAUGAGACACAGCCGCCAUUGGAGCUGCAGGAGGAAGAUGAAGACGAAGACGACGACGGCGAGGAAGAGGAUGAAGACGAGGAUGAAGAAGAGGAUGAUGAAGAGGAGGAGGAAGACACCGCCUCUAUUGUUACCGUCCAGGGAAAUUAUGAGAAACUGUUUUUGCGUCACGAUUCGGAUGCCUACGGCCCGUCCUCCAUCGAGAGCGUCGCAUCCGGCAAGGUGCGCAUCAAGCCCACGCCGCUCUCCCUCCACCAGACACUGGCCAAGGAGACGACCAUCGUGGAGGUACUAAAUCCCGUCAUCGGGGGCGAUGGCAAUGCCCGCACCAUCCACGUGAGCGGGGUGCCAUUUGACGAUGAGGAAUUCGAGCAGGGGGCCGUGUCGGUGCUGCGUAGCGAAACAUUUGUACUGCCCCAGAGCGGAGGCGUUGUGGGCGGCAGGUCUGAGCUGUCAUUAAAUGCAAAAAUGAAAACUGUGCUCGAGGAGCUGCUGGAGAAUGAGCGCGUCAAAUUGAAUUUACAGAAGAGCCUCGAGGAGCACAGCGACAACGACAACGAUGACGAGGAUGCGGACGAUGCCUUCGGUGAUGCGAGGGACGACGAUGAGAGGAGCGCCUACGGUGAUGCCAUGGACGAUGUUGUUGACUUUGGCGUUGCCCCGGUCACGACCCGUGCAACUAAUGACCAGGAUGAUGCCGCGAACGGCAAUCAGCAGCUGCUCGAGGAGCUGAUAAAGGACAGCAACCGCAACACAAUCAUUGCUAAAUUGGCAGGCCAAUUGUCCGACGAUGAUGAUGAGGAGGAUGACGACGAGGAGGAGGACGAGAGCAGCGACUCAUCGGACGAGGAUAGCGACGACUCUGACGAGGAGGACAAUGCCGAGCAGCAGCUGAAUGUUACCUAUGUGCAGGGCGCGCAGGUAAUCGAGAAUCUCAAUACGCUGGCCACCGGCAGCAAGCUCCAAAAGUCGCAGACCUACACCACCAUGAAGCAGGCCGAGGAGGAGCACUCCGAUCACGAAGCUGAAGCUGAAGCUGAGGAGGCUGUUCCUGUCCCUGCGGAAUCCCAGUGCGGUGCCGACACUCUGGCCCAGCUGCAGGCCGAGCAGCGUGCCCUGGCCGAGAUCUCAAAGCAGCUGCGCAAGUCUGUCGAAGAUUUGCUCAGCGCCGAUGGCGGCACUGUGGUGGAGACGCAGCGCACCUACACCCUGCCCGCCGCCAGCGACAGUGCGGCGGUGGUGACCGUCACGGAGGUGGUGAAGAAGCAAAAGAAGAAGGUGUCCUCGGAGUCGGGCGAGGCUCUGUUCAAUCGUCUGCUGAGUGCCGGCGAGGCGGAGCGUCAGAUCUUCGACCAGCAGCAGGCCGAGACCAUCACCACAACCACCACGAUCACAGAGGCUGUAAGCGGUGCUGGACAGGGAGCAACAUCCUCGUCGGCAGCGGCAGCGGCAGCGCUAGCUGGAGAGCCGAGCACCAGUGUGGUGACCACCACGAGGACAGUGUCCAAUAUUGUUACCAGUGGCAUUCCCCGUCCGGAGAGCUCCACCAGCAAACAGCAGAGCAAUCGGGGAGGCAAUGGCAAUGGCAGCAAUAACCGCAACAAGAACAAGCGCAAGGGAAAGAAGAAAUAGGAAAAGGAAGAAGGAAAACAGAAAGGAUGGAUGGAGUAGAUGAAAUUGCGUAUACGCCAUGUGGUUCGUAUGUGAUUUCCCACUUCACACGCACAGACACACACUCACAGAGACACUGUUCAUUAUUUUCCCACUAAUUGUAUACGUAUGUAAAUAGAUAAUACAUAUGUAUGUAUGUACAUGUGUGUAUGUACAAUGUACGCCCAUGUAUUGAUAUUUUUAAUUAAUUGUGCAAAUAACGACGAGUCCGCUGCAUUUACAAAAAACUCAUUUGUUACUAAUCAUGAAGCAAACUCUUUUCAUUGAAAACAACAACAAACGCAAUGAACAUUUUGCCAGAGUUUAAUCGUAAAUUUUAAUGUUGUGCAGCAACCACACAAAAGACCAUCCGCCUGAACGAUAUAUUAAUAAACAACAACCAGAAACAAAAA